GUCAGUGCAGUUGCAUGGCAGUGCCCCUGCUGGACAGUCGGGCUUCCUGCUCCUCUGCAGCCUUCAGCAAUGUUCCUGUCAGUCCUGCUGUCAGCCACUCAGCCUCCUGGAGCUCCUCACCAGCCCACACCUUCCUCUCUGGAGACUCACAGAGCGAGGAGCACUCCGGCAUGCACACGAGCAUCAGUGAGAUCUUGAAGGAGAAGAGCCUGAAGCCGUCCCGCCGCAGUCUGCCCUGCUUAGCCCAGAGUCAGACCCAUCCUAUCAACCUCAACCACUUCCUGUCUGUGCCACUGAGCCCGGAGCCCAAAGCCCAGGAUGAGGUUCUGAGUCAGAGCAUCAGCACCUCCUGCAGCCUUCUCCCUCCAGCAGAGGUUGGCAAGGAUCACUACACGGAAGAGACUGAGGUCUCCACAUGUGAAACCAGAGUAGACAAGUCACUUCUGCCCCGAAAACCCAGCACACGGGCUCAUGGAGGGGCCCGCACAUGUUCCCUCAAGGGGAGAAAUCCAUCGGAUGAAACUGGUCUCUUCUUCAGAGAUGGGAAAAAGCGCAUCGACUACAUCCUGGUUUACAAAAAGUCCAGUCCACAGGUGGAAAAGAGGUGCACCUUUGAGAAGAAUUUACGUGCUGAGGGCUUAAUGCUGGAAAAAGAGCCUUCCCUGACAAACAACGACAUCAUGUUUGUGAAGAUCCAUGCUCCCUGGGACACACUUUGCAAAUACGCUGAGCAGAUGAACAUCCGGAUGCCUUUCAGGAAAAAAUGCUACUUUACAGACUGGAAAAGCAAAACCUUGGGCAGCCGCUUUCAUCUCAGAUGUCGUCAGAUAAAGAGCUGGCUUCCCAGAAAUCCCAUGAAGCUGGACAAAGAGGCUCUGCCUGACCUGGAAGAGACCGACUGCUACACUGCUCCCUUCAGUAGAGCACGUACGCAUCACUUCACCAUCAACAACAGAGAGACCUUCUUCUCCAACUCUACCCGAAGCAGAAUUGUCCACCAUGUCCUGCAGCGCACAAAGUAUGAGGAUGGAAAGCCAAAAAUGGGAAUCAACCGGUUAUUGGGCAACAACACCUAUGAGGCUGCCUUCCCUCCACAUGAGGGUGGAUACAAGAGCAGACAUCCAAUCAAGACGCACGGUGCCCAGAACCACAGACACCUCCUUUAUGAGCGCUGGGCUCGAUGGGGGAUCUGGUACAAGUACCAGCCUCUGGACCUCAUCAGACGCUACUUUGGAGAGAAAAUCGGCCUUUACUUUGCAUGGUUGGGCUGGUACACGGGCAUGCUGAUCCCUGCUGCUCUGGUUGGCCUGUUUGUCUUCCUCUACGGACUCUUCACCAUGGACUCCAGCCAAGUCAGUAAAGAGAUUUGUGAAGCCAACACGACUAUCAUGUGUCCCAUGUGUGAGGAAACCUGCGAGCCAUGGACGCUAAGUGACAGUUGUGUCUAUGCAAAGGUGACCCAUUUGUUCGACAAUGGUGGCACUGUUUUCUUCGCUAUCUUCAUGGCAAUCUGGGCCACCGUCUUCCUGGAGUUUUGGAAAAGGAGGAGAGCGGAGCUGACUUACGACUGGGAUCUCAUUGACUGGGAGGAGGAGGAGGAGGAGCUGAGGCCUCAGUUCGAAGCCAAAUAUUCCAGAGUGGAGAGAGUAAACCCCAUAUCUGGCAAACCUGAGCCUUUCCAACCCUUCUCAGACAAACUCAGCCGGCUCAUGGUGUCUGUGUCCGGAAUAUUCUUCAUGAUUUCUCUGGUCCUGAGCGCCGUGUUUGCAGUGGUGGUUUUCCGUCUCAUCGCCAUGGAGAAAUUUGCCUCCUUCAACUGGCAUUUUGUGAAGAAGAACUGGCAGUUUGCCACCUCUGGCACUGGCGUCUGCAUCAACUUCAUGAUCAUCAUGUCUCUCAACGUGGUGUAUGAAAAGGUGGCCUAUUUGCUGACCAAUUUAGAGCAUCCACGGACUGAGUCUGAGUGGGAGAACAGCUUUGCUCUCAAGAUGUUCCUCUUCCAGUUUGUAAAUCUGAACAGUUCCACGUUUUACAUCGCAUUCUUCCUGGGAAGGUUUGCUGGCAGGCCUGGAAAAUACAACAAACUCUUCAAUCGAUGGCGACUGGAGGAGUGUCAUCCCAGCGGCUGCUUGAUUGAUCUGUGCCUGCAAAUGGGCGUCAUCAUGUUUUUCAAGCAAAUCUGGAACAACUUCAUGGAGCUUGGUUAUCCUUUGCUGCAGAACUGGUGGUCCCGUAGGAAGAUCAAGAAAGGAGGGGGUGCUGUUGGUGGAGGCCAGAACGUGGAAAGUAAAAAUCAGCUCCCACAGUGGGAUAAAGACUGGAAUCUGCAGCCCAUGAACACGCACGGCCUGGUGGACGAAUACCUUGAAAUGGUCCUACAGUUUGGGUUCACCACCAUCUUUGUAGCAGCGUUCCCGUUGGCACCUCUCCUCGCCUUGCUCAACAACAUAAUCGAGAUUCGCCUUGACGCCUACAAGUUUGUCACCCAGUGGAGAAGACCCAUGCCAGCCCGAGCCACUGAUAUAGGUAUCUGGCAUGGGAUCCUUGAAGGUAUCGGUGUUCUGGCCGUCAUAACCAACGCCUUUGUUAUCGCUAUCACCUCGGACUACAUUCCCCGCUUUGUUUAUGCCUUCAAAUAUGGCCCCUGCGUGGACAAGGGGUACCACCAUGACGACGAAUGUUUCCGAGGCUACAUGAACAGCAGCCUGUCAGUGUUUGACAUGAGCGAGCUGAAGAACAGCAGUCAGUCCAAAUACUGCAGGUACCGAGAUUACAGAGCCCCGCCCUGGAGCACGGUGCCCUACGAGUUCACUCUGCAGUUCUGGCACGUCCUGGCUGCCAGGCUGGCCUUCAUAAUCGUCUUUGAGCACCUGGUGUUUGGCAUCAAAUCCUUCAUUGCGUACCUCAUCCCGGACAUGCCCAAGGACCUGUGUGACCGCAUGCGCAGGGAGAAGUACCUGAUGCAGGAGAUGAUGUACGAGGCCGAGCUGGAGCACCUGCAGACGGAGCGGAAGAAGAACGGGCGGCGUUUUCACCACGAGUGGCCUUAACUUUCUAACCCCCUCCCCCCCUCACGUCUCCCCCACGCAACGCCGCACAGUCCUCGACUCCUCCCUCCCCCUUUUGUCUGCUUCUCUCCUUGGAUUUGAGAAGAUUCACCAAAGACACUCUCUUCACUAAUGACACUCCAAAGCUGCUUCAGCAUGAGCCGUCACUCCCUCGCCAUCUGUUCCCGUGCUGGACGCCACCCUCGCGUCCUGACACAGCCCCUCCCUCUGCUGUGUGCUGUGUCAUGGCCUCACUGCUGUAUUACAGUUGUAAUGUUUACUAUGCAGAUGAAGCGGUUCACUUCGUCAGCCAUCUUGCACUGUCUCUCUCUCUCUCUCUCUCUCUCUUUCUGUGUGGCAGCUAGCUCUCGUCUGCUCGGAAUCCUGCAGUCAGCUGCAUGGUUUUUUUUGUCGUUUUCUUUUUGUCAUCAGAACCCUGGCGGUUCCCGAAUAGAGCAGAGGUGACGGUACAUCGCCCCCCCCCCAUGAAGCAUGCUGAUGCUAUAGCAGCAGUCAUCAUGGAGACGUGUCCGAAGAAGCCUGCAGAACGUGCAUGUCAGUGUUGUUGUGUUCCUUCUUGGUGCCUGGUUUGUGUGUCAGUGUGUGUUUGUUGUGCUACAGCUGAGCUUGAGUUUGCAGAGUGUGAACAUGAUCGUGCCUACUGUACAGUUGUGCGCCGAUAUCACGUGUGCCUGUUUGUGCUGCACGUGCGCUUGCAAGUGCAAGAAAGCCUCUCUUAUCUACUUGUUCUGGUGUAGAACUUUCCCCUGAGUGGGUUUGCUUUUGACGUGAGUCACCCACAGUCGGGUACCUACUCCGGUCUAAUGGCUCCGAAACAAGAGUGUUCGGCGAAACGUGACUCCCAUUAUGAGUGACGCUUGCACGUAGGAGCCACAAAUCUGCUUCCUUUUCUCUCUUUCUCUCUGUGCCCAUAGCCUGUUUUCCAUUUGUUGUUGGAAGGUCUGAAGCAUGAUUUGGACAUACCUGUGGCUUGGAUGUUCGCUGCACAAAGAACAUCCACUCACACGCAAAGAAGCACUUACAGGUUCCCAGGGGCGGAUGACGAUAUCGGUCAGCUGCGGUUGAAGCCACAUUCUGAUGGUAAUUGCUGUGAAGUGUGGCUGAAAGAUACGGUGUGGCUCUCGCCCAACAGCGACAAUUCCGUACGGCAGCGUGAAUGAACACAAAAGUCCCAAUUAUAUCUUCAAAACUCAAACAUACGUGAGAUUUGUAUUUAUAUAAACAGCUGUAAAUACACGAUGAAAUAAUAUUCAAACAGUUAAUCAUGGUAAUUAAAUAAAUCAUAUAAUAACUUUUUCACAUCCGAUAAUGCAGUGUUUUUCAACCUUUUCUGAGCCAAGGCACAUUUUUUUUCAUUGAAAAAAUGCGGAGGCACACCCAGCAGAAAACAUGAAAAAAUUAAACAAAGCAGCCGAUAUUACAAUAAAAAGUUGUUCUCGCAAUUGUUGGAUAUGAAUUCAAACCAUAACUAAGCAUGCAUCACUAUAGCUCUUGUCUCAAAGUAAGUGUA